AUUUUUUUUGUGAUUGCGUACCGAUUGACUUUUGUUUUUUUGUAGUUUGAAUUUCAAUAAUGACAAUGGCUUUCUCUGUGUGUGUGUUUAUGAUUAUGUGUGUUUUUCAAUUGUGUAAUGCACAGUUCGGAAGUUUAGGUUUAAGCGUUGGCAUGGGUGGGAUCAAAAGUGGCGACGAAACGUUAAGUAUUAGAAGUCCGUGCCCACAAAACACAACAUGUAUGCCUGUCAGUGCAUGCCCAAUGUUGGAAGACCUAAUGGACUUUUCGUGUUUCUCUUCAGACAGAUAUUUCCAUCGCCUUAAUCAAUUAAUAUGUGGCAAUGCGGACGAUGAAGACUAUGUAUGCUGUCCUUCUUGUGACUGCGGGAGGGUGUAUCAGGAAGGAGUUGAAAAAUGUGGUCAGAGUAUGGUGCGGGGAGUCGACUACAAUGGAUUGGGAAGUCAGCCGUGGACCGCGAGAAUUGGAUUCACACACAAGGAGACUGGUAAUGUGAGGUUUGCGUGCAGCGGAUCAAUUAUCGGAAAACGGGUUAUAUUGACUGCUGCUCACUGCGCUUUGGCCAAGCCAGAGGGAUAUAAACUAUCAACCGUAGUGGUUGGUGAAUGGGAUAUAGGUCGAAGUCCUGACUGCAACGACUAUUUCUGCGCUCCUCCAACUCAAGCCAUCAAAGUGGAGAAUGUCAUCGUCCACCCAGGGUAUGAGCAGAAGAUAUUCAGGCAUGACAUCGCACUGAUUAUGCUGAAGGAAGAAAUCAAAUAUUCAGUGACAGCCGCGCCGAUUUGUUUGAAUGAUAAGCCGGAAAUUGUAAUUAAUGAACGAGCUUCGCUUGUCGGAUGGGGGAAAUUGUCAGGGCAGAAUAACGUGGUUAGCAGACAACAGCAGCUAGAAGUGCCUCUGGUUCCUCUAGAAAACUGCGAGCGAAUAUUCGGAGAAUCUGUACCAGUGAAUGAAGGCCAGCUCUGCGCUGGAGGGGAGGAGGGAAAGGAUGCCUGCUCAGGUUUCGGAGGGGCCCCUCUUCUUCUGUUCAGACAAGGCCGUCAUGUGCAGGUUGGCAUCGUAUCCUUCGGUUCAGAGAACUGUGGCAGUGAAGGAGUACCCAGUGUGUACACGAAUAUAGCUCACUAUUAUCGAUGGAUCGUGGACAAUUCGCCAUCUUAACGCCAUAAUCCCAUUCUAGAUGGCUAUAACACCCAUCGUAGCCCAACCCCCAAAUAGCCAGAAAAUAACAGUCGCCUAGUCACGAAAACGCGGUGUUGCAUAGGUGAAACAUUUAAAAGAAUU